AUGACCGGACUCAACUUCUCUGCUGCUGACGUCGGCAAGGUCGCCCGUGUCCUCGCUAACGAUAACCACGAGCACCGUCGCCAGAUGCUCGACUUCGUCGCCAAGGACCCCAUCUAUAUCCCCCGCUACGACAUCUCCCUCGAGGCUAAGCGCGAGCUCGCCCUUCAGCGUCUCCGUCGUCUCGCCCACGAGGGUUACAUCUCCGUCAUGGACUUUGAGAAGAACCCCCUCCGCGUCUUCUCUGCCCAUGAGAUUGCCGGCAUGAUCGACGGCAGCAUGGGUACCAAGAUGACUGUCCAAUGGAACCUGUUCGGAGGCACCGUCAUCAAGCUGGGAACUGAGAGACACCGCAACCUGUUGCCCAAGAUCGACGACAUGUCGUCCAUCGGAUGCUUCGGUCUGACCGAGCUGGGCUACGGUAACAACGCCGUCGAGAUGGAGACCACUGCCUACUAUAUCCCCGAGACACACGAGUGGGAGGUCCAUACCCCCUCUGUCAAGGCCCAGAAGUACUGGAUCACCAACUCGGCUGUUCACGCCAAGUGGUGCGUUGUUUUCGCCCAGACCUUUGUCGGAGGCAAGGACGAAGGUGUCAACGCCAUCUUGGUCCGCAUCCGCGAGGAAGACAUGACCCCCUCCAAGGGCGUCCGCAUCGAGGAUAUGGGUGUCAAGUUCGGCUGCAACGGUGUCGACAACGGCAAACUCUUCUUCGAGAAGGUCCGCGUCCCCGCCGAGAACAUCCUCAACAAGUACUCGGACAUCUCCAAAGAUGGAAAGUUCUCUUCCGUCAUCAACAGCCGCCGUGGUCGCUUCCUCAAGGUCGCGGAUCAGUUGUUGUCGGGACGUUUGGCAAUUGCCUCCCUUUGCCAGGGUGGUUCCAAGGUCUGCUUGGCCAUUGCCUUCCGCUACGCCAACAGCCGUCUCUGCGUCGGACCCAGUGGCAAGAGUGAUACUCCUAUCAUGGUCUACCAGCUUCAGCAGAAGGCAUUGUUGCCCUUGUUCGCCUCAACUGUCUGCUUGAACAUUGGAUUGAACUACUGCAAGGAGCGUUGGGCUGCUGCCUCGUUGAAGCAGAACCCCUCGGAUGCCGAUGAAGUUGUCCGUCUCUGCUGCGUCAUCAAGCCUUUGGUUACCUGGAACAACGAGCGUGUUGCCACCACCUGCCGUGAGCGUUGCGGUGGUCAGGGUUACCUCUCUGUCAACCGUUUCGGUCAGUUCAUUGCCUUCUCUCAUGCCGGUAUGACCGCUGAGGGAGACAACAGUGUCUUGAUGCAGAAGGUUGCCAAGGAGUUGGUUACCAUGCUCCAGAAGGGUCAGUUGAACUUUAACCAUGUCGCCAACCCCAAGGAUGCUGCCUCCUGGGAUAUUACUUCUCUGGACUCCCUCUACAAGCUCUUCCAGCUCCGCGAGGCUGGUCUCUUCAAGGAGCUUGCGUCUGCUAUGCAGACCAAGAUUGGUGGCGGCAAGCCCUUGUUCGAGGUCUGGAUGGGCGAGGAAUCCGACACCAUCCAGGCUGCUGCCAAGGCCUACGGUGAGCGCAUCUGCUUCGAGCAGACACUCAAGGCAAUCGCCUCCGUCACCGGCGGUGCCAAGGCCAUCUUGGAGACUUUGUUGCGUCUCUGGGGAUUGUCGACGGUCGACCAGUACUUGGCCUGGUACAUGACCCGCGGCUUGGUCUCGCAGCAGACGGCCCUCAAGGUGCCCCAGCACGUCCGUGAUGUCGUUGCCCUCGUUGGUCAGAACUCUUUGGCAAUGUCCGAUAUCUUGGGCGUUGACGAGCGUAUAAUCUUUGCCCCCAUUGCCGGUGGUUCUGGCGGAUGGGAGGUCUAUAACGAGAUUGAUAACAAGGGUGAGUUGAUGGCCCAUAACGAGCUCGAAACCAAGGGUUUCUCUGCCCAUAACGCCUACGGCGCCUCCAAGCUGUAA